AAUGGAUAAUAACUACUUAGAUGCUUCUCAUCGGAAACGGCUUGUAUGCUCCAAUUGCAAUGGUACGAACACAACUCUCUGGAGAAGAAAAGCUGAAGGAGAUCCAGUCUGCAAUGCUUGUGGACUAUAUUUCAAGCUUCAUCACGUUACCCGCCCCAUCCCAAUGAAGAAAAACAAGAAACAUGCAGUUCUUCCAGCUCCUGGCAUUUCGAAACUGUAAAUGAAUUUAAUGAACAGAUUCAAUUGUCGAAAUCAUAAUUAUUACGAAAACAAUCGAAUUUCUGUCAAGAGUAAAUUAAAACUGUAACACUUUAGUUGUAAAUUGAUUUAUUUGAAUUUAUGUGACCGCUCAAAAUAAAAGGUUAGCAAAACUGACACUACAAAAUAU